CAGUCACCGGGAUCGGGCGAUCGGGCGACUUGCGCUGAGUUUUACCGUUUACCACAUGUUAAUUAAUUAAAAAUAGCGUUAUCAUUAUUAAAAUCGCUAAUCGAAGGCAUUUUCGUGAGCAGAUAAUCCUGGAUCUGCUGAAAUAUAAAUGAACGGGCUGCUGUAGGCAAGAUCCCGAGUUACGUCACGGCUUGUCGCGACCGUGUAUCGUCCUGCAUUUCUCUGUCGCCUGUUUAUUCUUUAACACCUUGCACCACCGUAUUUGCCUCGUGUACUUUAUGCACAUUAAACGUAACGUACGCGGCGGCUGGUAUUAACUCUAGCUCAACGAAUUCUACGCAUAAAGUAUAACCUAGAAGUUUUAUAUCGAAUUAUCGUUGACGCAACAGCCUGUUGUCAACCUCCCUUCGUCAAGACGCGCAGGUUUCAACUUAGCUACUCCCUGGAGUCGUUCGUAUUUCGACGUCGAGGUGUGUACUAAAAAUUAGCCAAAAUUCCGGUCCCCACAAGAAAACGAGAAGGCGCCCAGCACACAGGCGGCAGGAACCAACCUACUGACGAAGAACCAUCGUCGGCUAGCAAAAUGAAUAAUAAGAGAAAGAACCGUACAAAUCCAACCAGGUCCCCGCGGGCUCGGGGCCCGCCUGAGAGAUCCAUUACUGCGGAAGGGGUAUACAACAAUGCUCACUUUAUGCAUGCCAUAACUAGCCAUGUUGGUAACAUUGUACAGGUUCAAACUCAAAAUGGCUCCGUGUACGAAGGUGUAUUCCGCACAUUCUCCAGUCAGUUUGAUGUUGUUUUAGAAAUGGCACAUCGCAUUGAUAUUGGUGGAAAAAUUAUAGUAGACAGUGUAGUGGAGAAAUUGAUUUUUAAACCUCAAGACAUUAUUACCAUGUCUGCUAAGGAUGUGGACUUGGAUUAUGCAAUUAGAGAUACUUUCCAAACAGAUACUGCCAUUAGCAAAUUCAACGGCAUGAUAGGCGAAAAAGAGUUGGAACCCUGGGAAGCACCUUCUGCCAUAAACGGAGAUGACUUAGAAUUAGAUGGGGCUGCGAAUGGAUGGGAUGUCGAUGAAAUGUUUCGUAAAAAUGAGCAGAUAUACGGUGUGCAAUCAACAUUUGAACCGUCGCUGGCAGGUUAUACUCUCCAACUGCAACGCAAAGAUACCAAAGAAUUCAAGGAUCAGGAGCAAAAGGCAGCUGAGAUUGCUAAUGAAAUCGAAGCUCAACCAAACCAUAAAGCUCGAUUAGAUCUUGAAAACGGCGAUGAAGAGGAAAGAUUUGCAUCCGUGGUAAGGCCCAACGAAGGCAAAUACGUACCGCCUCCAAAGAGGAAAAAUGGAAACGCAGGAAAGCUCAUGCGUUCUACACCACCGCCCCCGUCGCCAGGGGCUGCAACUAACAAAACUGUAUAUACGCAACCACCGCCUACAGCCGUUGGUGUGAACAUUGCUCAAACAACAAACAUUCCAGUGGGAAUCCAAACGACCCACACUCAAGUACCACAUCCGGUUCCUAUAAAUAUGGCCAUACCAACUAGUAGGAUUGUUGUCACAUACAAUACUCCGCCACCAUUUGUACCACCUUCUACAACGCAGACUUUACCGCCAGUCGCUGCUGUUCAAGUGAUGCCACCAGCACAACCGCAGCCGUCCGUUGUGCCUGCCAUUCCUCAGCAAGUGGCUAUUACUCAGCAGCAGCAGCAGCAACAGCAACAACAACAACAACAACAACAACAACAACAGCAACAACAACAACAACAACAACAGCAGCAGCAGCAGCAGCAGCAGCAGCAGCAGCAACCUUCAAAUAAGAUAAACUCAGAGAAACGUGACAGACCUGGAAGACAACAAGUUUAUCAGGCUGAUAAAGCUCCUCCAGCUCCAUUUCCACAACCUAACAUUACCCUUUCACAUCCACAGCAUUCACCACUAACACAACAGAACUCGGUCGAAGGUCAGCGUUGUGAAAUACUGCAACAAAAAUCAGAACAUAGAAAGGUACCUACUCCUCGUGGGAGAGAAGAACAACACUCGGAGCUGAGACAAUUUGCAACAGACUUUAAAUUGCCCGAACCCUCUGUCCAAGAGCCAUCACCUCAUUCUAGGAAGCAACAUCAGCAGGAGCAAAUACAGCAACAACCAGCUCAAGCACAGCAUCAUCAACAAAGUCAUCAGCAAUCGCACUCUCAAUCUCCUCAUCAGCAGCCACAACAGCAACAGCAACAGCAGCAGCAACAUUCAUUACCACAUCCACAACAUCAACAACCAACAGAGGAACCCGUUGUUACCAGUAAACCACCUCCGGGACCACAACCUGUGCGAUCAAAUAGUCCUCCUCCUCUGCAACUGCAGCCACCACAACAAAUCCAACAACAAACUACAUCUCCCACGCAACAACCAGAACCUGCAGUUGAAAAAAUCACUACAGCCUUCAAGAAAUCUACAUUAAAUCCAAACGCUAAAGAAUUUAAUCCAAAUGCAAAACCGUUUACACCUCGCUCGCCAAGUACUCCUACACCUAGCCGACCACAUACACCUCAAACUCCUCAGUAUACCGGCGCUACAAUGCAAACAGUCGUCAUGCCUGCAACAGCAUAUGUUAUGACUAGUCAACCCCCAACUGCAUUCACUCAGCAACAAGCUCAACCUGCGGCUAGAUUCCGGAAGGGUCAGUAUCUAGUCCCAAUGAUACCACAUCGUGGUCCAGAUAUUGCAUCACAGAUGCAGGUUGCAGCUGCCACUGGUCAACCGUUACUCGCACCUGCCCCGCUGCACCCACCUUUUCAAGUCCAAUACCCUGGUCAACCAGCCUAUCAACAAAUGGUGCGGAUGGUUCAAGCUCCCCCUCCACCACCGCAUAUGACGUCACCGUAUCAUCAUCACCACGAAUCUUCGGGUCCACAACCACAAGGAAUACAAUACAUGGGUCCACAUCCACACCACCCGCAUGUAACACAACAACAGCCUAGCCAGACACCCUCGCCUGCUAAUCCUAAUCCUCCUCACACCCCUGGAGCUUACAAUCCUCCAGGCACACCACAGCCUGCCUAUCCUCAGCCUCCACCACAAGGCCAUGCCCCAAGCUAUCCAAUAAUGUGUCCAUUAAUUCCUCCUCACAUGAUACCCCCACAGCACAUGCAAUAUUUGCCUCCUCAGCCUCCGCCAGGAACUCAAACUACUAUACCUGUCAUUCUGCCUCACAAUCAGUAGUUUUGCAAAUACACAAACAGAGAAUCGUUAUUCUAAGAAAAAAUGUAAAGUGUUUUAAAUUUUAAGUUACUUUCAUAAUAGCGUUGGAUUUUCGCCUCCUGCUUAGCUGCCAAUGCAAAAAUUAACUUAUCAAAGCCACAGAGUCCUGAUGCGUACGUGCCAUUUGUAUUAUCUGUUAACAUUAUUGUGUUAAAUUUUUUUUUAAUUUCUUCAAUCAGUGUUAAAAUUAAAAUAUAUCAGUAUGCCAGAUCUCGCGUUAGGAGAGAAUAUAUGUUUGUAUCCGUUCCUGCCUGCACAAUUACGCGUAUGUAUUACAGUAUGAGAAAGAACAAAUGGACUUUCAGUAGUAGAGUUAAACACCAGUUGUUUUAGAAUUUGAAAGGUUAAGGAACAGAUGAACCUAUCCACAGAAGUCUUAAACAUGGUCUUUCAUCGGUCAAAUAAGGAAUCUUUAAGGAGUGAAAUAGUUGUUUUUUCUUUCGUUUUUUUUUUUUUUUAAUAUAUAUAUAUAUGUACAAUUUUCAAGCACUCUGUGGUAAUAGAAAACUUGUCUUGCACUUGAAUGACUAGAAACUAAUGCUGUUUUGAAGGUGGCUAAGACAAAUAAGAACAUUUCUGCAAGAGGCCCGUAACGCAUCCCUCUACAUAACAUUGUCAUGCGUAUCAUGUGAGUUGUUGGAUAUUGUAUGGCAAUAAAUUAGUCAUUAUGUCCUAAAUAGAGUUACAUUUUUUAAGAUGUUUUAUGCACGGAUAGACAAGACCGACGUACGUGACUGUAAAAAUAACUUUGUCCGUAAUGGCAGACGCUAAAAUCUAAAAUAGAGGCAAAAUUGGGAGUUUAUAGCCUCGUUAAUAAGCUUAAGUUGCACCAUCAUCAUCUUAGUAGAUCGAGGCUAAUUGAACAAUGAUAUUGACUUGAAAUAAUUAAAAUUCUUUGAAUUUUCUUGAGUAAUGUUUAGAUCGUGUUACAAAAAAAUCUUUGGUAUAUCAAAAACACAACUGCAAUGAGAAUAGACGUACAGUACGGAUAAAAUGAUAACUUUGGAGAAUCUAAUAUAUAUUCACUUGAACUGGAUAUUUUAAAAAAAUUUGUUACAGGGGGGAAGGAGGGAGGCCUUUUAUUUUAAAGUAUCUUCUGGAAAGAUGGUAAACCUAAAUUUUUCAAAUAAGCUAUAUUUUUGUGCUCAUGCUUAGACUCAAAAUACAAUAUUUACUAGAAAUACAACAUGAGAGCAGAGCCUGAAUAAUAGUAAAUUUUGAAAAAUUGCCUAAACCCUCAAAUGAAUCUUCUAUAUUGCAAUAUUGAACAGCUCUGCACAUUGGCGUACACAAAAUGGCUAAGCAAAGAGUUUUUUAAACUCUGUAGUUUGUUACGCUAAUUUUUGUUAUUAAAUACUUUUUAUGAGAAGGACUUUGAAACGACGGGAUAUCCAAUUAUCUCUGGACCCAUUCUUGAGAUGUGUAAUUACAUAAUUUUUCAUGUGAUAUGGCGAGAGAGAGUCUGUCACAAGUGGUACACUGUUGUUACAAUAUUUGAAUUCUUUAACAUAAUUUCACCUUUCGAUGUAUGUCGAAUGUAAUUUGAGAUCACUACUUGGUAUUUAAAAAUGAAAUUCUAGCUGCCAAAGUGUUGAAGAAC